AUGGUUGCCUACAUCCCUAAGGAGGCCGGAGCAGUCGCGCCGGCACCUGCCCUCCUCGCGCAGGUCUGGGACCUGAUCGCUGGGCACGAGGCGCACUUCGAGGCGAAGCUCCUGCUCAGGUGCCACCCCUCACCGCCCCGCUUCCGUGGGCGCUUCACCGUGCCACGGGCGUGGCCACGCGGAGGUGGCCGUGGCCUGCGGCACGUGUACGACCCGUGCGCGGCUCUGAGCCGGGCAGCUGACCUGCACUCGCGCGUGCUGCGCGUGGACCCCUCCAACUUCCCCCUGCUAAUCCAGUGUUUCCAGAUGGUGCAGGGCGAGUACACAGUGGAGAUGCAGGCGGCCUGGGACAAGUUCCUGACGGGCGUGGCCGUGGUGCUGACCGAGAAGUACUACUGA